GUUCUGCUGCUCAAGAAGCGGACAGCUUGGAAAGAAAGCGUCGUGGCUCGCCCGGCAUUUCCCCAGGAUGCUCGUUUGAAGCGGACGCUCCUUCUGCGCAACUUGCCGCGCACUUUGCGUCCCCCGGAGGUCCUUCGUCAGGUUGCUCGUCAGCUCUCGGCUGCUGGCAAGUGUCACCUGAAGCUGCUCAACUGCGCAGCAUUU